AUGGCUUCCCACGGCAUCCCGAACCCUUUCCCCUACCCAACACCCGCUCACACCCCACCGCACGAAUCAAACAUCCCACUUACCGUCCUGGUGUCCUCGAGAGCCGUCAUCUACGACCAAGACAACAAUUUGAUCGUGUCUCCUGCAACUCUGUCAAUUUCUCCCCAGACGGGAACAAUCCUGUCGAUCCUCCCAACAAUUCUUCCUGCCUCGAGUUUCCCUCCGAAUACGACCUAUAUCGAUCACAGCCCUCAUCUGCUGCUACCAGGUCUGGUCGAUGCACACGUACAUUUGAACGAGCCGGGCAGAACGGAAUGGGAGGGGUUCAAUACUGGGACGAGGGCUGCGGCAUCUGGCGGAGUGACUACGGUCAUUGAUAUGCCAUUGAACGCCAUUCCGCCGACUACAACAGUCUCCGGAUUGCAGGAAAAAAUUAAGGCUGCACAAGGACAAUGCUGGGUUGAUGUUGGGUUUUAUGGAGGGGUGAUUCCUGGCAACGCCCAUGAAUUACUCCCCCUGGUUGAAGCAGGUGUCCGAGGGUUCAAAGGCUUUCUGAUCGAAAGUGGAGUUGACGAAUUCCCCGCUGUUUCCUCCUCAGACGUAGCACUCGCAAUGACAACCCUCGCAAACUCCCCUACAACUCUUAUGUUCCACGCCGAAAUGAUACCCCCGAUCACGGACUCUGUAGGCGACGAUGUGCAAGUCUCUCAGCCGCCACUGUCCCCCUCCGGUCCUCUAACCUCCUACUCCACCUUUCUGUCCUCCCGGCCCCCAGCAUUCGAAACCUACGCCAUCGAAGAAGUCCUCUCCCUCGCACACCUCGCCCCAAACCUCCCGCUACACAUUGUCCAUCUCUCCGCCAUCCAAGCCAUUCCUCUCCUCCGCGAAGCCCGCGAACGCGGAGUAAAGAUAACAGCAGAAACAUGCUUCCACUACUUGGCCCUCACCUCCGAAGACGUAGCCGAUGGCGACACAAGACAUAAAUGUUGCCCCCCAAUUCGAAACAGCAUCAACCGUACCGGUCUCUGGAACGAGCUCUCGCACCCAGAUUCAGUCAUCCGAACCAUCGUCAGCGACCACUCACCCUGUACGCCCGAACUUAAACUCCUCCCUGAACACCUAGGGCAUGGAUGUGGUGCCAGCCAUGCGACAGAGAUCGUCGGCGUAAAUGGCGAGGUCUUAACGAAGGAGGAAGCUGAAGAAAAAGAGAAAGGCGAUUUCUUCGCUAGUUGGGGCGGUAUCUCAUCCGUUGGCCUCGGUCUCCCAAUCUUGUGGACUGAAAUCACCUCUCGCUCCUCCACAGCUAAAACUCCCCUUACAAUUACAGACGUAGUUCGUCUCUGCGCCGUCAACACCUCAAAACAAGUCGGUCUGUCCCAUCGCAAGGGAGCAUUGAGACCUGGCUUGGAUGCAGAUAUAUGCGUCUUUGACGAUCAGGCGGAGUUCACGGUUGGCAGGGAGCAGAUGCUUUUUAGGAAUAAGGUGAGCCCGUAUCAGGGAAAGAAGAUGAAGGGAGUUGUGAAGGAGACGUGGGUUCGAGGGCAGCAGGUGUACGAGAGGGGAGGAGAGAAUGGUGGAUUUGUGGGCAAGGGGGGUGUGCCUGUUGGGAGGUUGUUACAUGAGAGGAGGAAGGUUUAG